GUGAGAACGUUAGAUGGUCGGGGUGUGAAAACUUGGCUAUCUAGGUUAGGCCCAGGACCUAUCGUAAUACGUCUAGUCUACGGCAAGCAACCAGUCGCCUCUACACAUCACCAUCUUUUUGGGGUCGUGACAUCUGCCUGAAGAAGGGCUUUGUUUCUCCCACGAGAAAGAUCUGCGGCUGGUCAGCAUGAGGUCAGUGAAGGUCUACUGGUCCAAGGUCCUGCCCGUCAGCUGCCUGCUGAUUGGCUUGACCGCACUGACCACGGUGUGGGUCAGCUCCAGGUUCCUCUUCCCUCGUCUACUGGCCUCGGUAGACUUGAUGAGGACAGGCGUCGUGGGGGAUGGGUUCACCCAAAACGAGGCUGAGUUCCCAGACGGGAUGCUACCGGCACUGUACGCCCCCCGGCAGACGACCAACGAGAACAACCAGGUCAUCCUCAUACGGCGCCCCAAGGGCAAGGACCUUUUCCCGCAGCCGAUCGAGAGGAUCGUCAACGUGUCCUUGACCCCUCUGGGCCUAAAAGAACUCCCGGCUCACAGACCGCCACAGUGUAUCCUCUUAGGUUUUGGAAAAUGUGGAACGUCUGCUCUGCUAGAAUUCCUUGACCUUCACCCCAAGAUCGUCUCCCUGGAGUGGGAGCCUGAUUACUUCUGCGAGCGAAUGUACCAAAAAUACGACCUUCAAUGGUACGUGAAGAAGAUGCCUCCAUCCUUCUCCGACCAGAUCACGAUAGAGAAAUCGCCCUGCUACAUCGUGGAGCAUGACUCACAUCUAAGGAUGCAUGCCAUGAACAGCUCACUCAAGGUCAUGGUCAUCGUCCGUGACCCCAUCACACGUCUGCUGUCCGAGUAUGGCCACUACUACGCCACAGAGACCUACUGGGGUAGACCGGCCAUGACCUUCCAGGAGCGUGUCUACAACGACAGGACGGGCGAGUUCCGCGCCACGCAGAUUCUCAAAGUGGGCAACUACACGCCUCACUUUGAGCACCUCCUCAAGGUGUUCCCUCGUAACCAGGUCCUGAUCGUGGACGGGGACAAGCUGGUGACCGACCCACUCUCCCAGGUCCGGCGUGUAGAAACCUUCCUCGGUCUGGGUCACGAGGUCACAGAGGAGGACAUUUACUUCGACACGGCCAAAGGUUUUUACUGCAUGAAGGUGCGCUUGACCGGGGAAACCAAGUGUCUGGGGAAGAGCAAGGGACGUGAACACGUUGACAUCGAGCCAGAUUUCAAACGUAAACUUAUCGAUUUCUUUGUACCUUACAAUGAGAAGUUUUUUGAAAUUGUCGGGCAGCGUUUUGAUUGGUUGGCGUAAAUAUAGAAUGUCGCAUGGAAGUGUGUGAUUGGUUGCUGAAAGUUUGAAUAAAUGUGCUUGUUAUUUCAAUCUAUUUAUUUACGAUAAACAUGUUUGAAUUGCCAUACAUAUGAGAAUUAAUGUGGUUUUUAGGUUGUACACAGUGGCGUUUGAAGUUUUCAAUUGUUUAUUUAUGAAAUGGGCGUGUUUGCAUGAAAUAAAAUAAUUAUUUUAAUAUA